CGACCUUCUCGACUCCAUAUCAUGCCUAGAGAAUACAUUCGCAUGUUCAUCUCCUGGUUGAGGCUCAUUGUCAGGAACACCGCAUUUCGGUCAUAUGCGAGUGUUCUCUCUGGCCUCCUGCGACUGUUCCGACACUGUCAAGCCGUCAUUGGUGGAAAAGAGAGGGCUUUUCAAGAACCGGUCUUAGCGUUGAGCUCCCAGCCAACCGACCAAGACAAGCCGACUUCUGUGACCCUCGCGGUCCCAUCAUUUGGUGCACCUCUACAAAGCCAAGGGUCGAACGCUGUAGCUUCGAAUGCCCAGUCUCCUCAGAAUUCUUAUGCGCCAUGGACAUCAAGCUCUAUGCCCGAGCCUAGCAUCACGGGUGUUGCCACACCACUGUAUCCUGUGGUGCCAAAACAAUCCUCUGAUAUCACUCUAAUUCCCAUUAUACCUGGACAGAUCAAGCGAUACGAGAGGAUUGAAUUUCAAGAUGAGAAUCAAUUGUAUGAGGUUCAGAAAGGUCCUUUGGACUGGUCAGACGCAUUGACUUCGGUGUCGGGAUGGGAACCGCUCACGCAUCCAGAAGGCGCUUUGUUUUUCUAUCACUCAAAUCAUAGGGUUUUUACUGAUGUGAAUGUUCGAACCGACGAAAUCGCAGUCAAAAUGGGUAAGAUUGCUGAGAAGGCGUACGCAGAAGCGCGCGACGCAGGCAUAAUCUUGCAUCCAUCCGUCGAGCUAGUGUUGGAGCUCAUGGAGGAGGAUGGCAAAGAGAUAUGGGGCUACUACUUUGCCGAUCACGAUAGACGUGUCAUUUUCUGGUUCCAAGUCCACAGGUCUAGUGAUCUCAUGGGUAACGUCCGAGGUGUUAAGUGCAACAACCACGUCAGGUAUGCACUAGAAUCCCAGUACUGGGUACACAUUGAACUAUAUCCGAACAAACGCUUCCUUCCGACGGAUGUUGUCGUGAGACUCAAGGAAAUAGUCAUGUAUAUUCAGGCAGACAAUAUCACUUCUGAAACAUGCUUAGCACCUUUUUCUUCAGAUGAGGUUGCAAGUAUGCUCAGCCUUAUGGAUCCUCUUAUGAGCAGUACUAACAAGGAGCAUGAGCAUUCUGUGUGGAUCGUCGCUCGAUUUAUGGGAGAAUUUACCAACGCCAAGUUUGUGAAUUUCUGUGGACAACCGGGUGCCCGGCUUGACGCAGACCAAUCGUUAUACCGAGAUUCCAUCAUCUACUCGAAAAACAUCCUCCUUCGCGUCAUGAAUGUUAUUCUGUUUGGAACCCCUGAUGCUCAUAACAAGGCUCUUCACAAGAUAUGGGUCGAUCAUAUCGUCGUUCAGCCGCGGUGGAAGAAUUUUAUCAACAGGCUCAACAGCGAAUGGAAUGGAUACACGAUAUUCUCUACCGUGAUGCUUGCUGUAGAUAUCAGCUUUCUGGCGGUCCCAUCCGUUCAGAACCAAACGCCUGCGAUUCUUGUAUCAUAUCUGUCUGCCUUCUGUGCCAUGGGCUCGCUCGUGGUCUCAUUGGUCUUGGCUGCACACGUCAAUGACAGCCGGCGAGACUCCGCUAAAAGCGUGGCCUCGUUCAUGUCAGGAAUGUCACGUUCUAUGCUCGGUCUCGAAAGCCUUGCCCUCAUGCUUAGUCUGCCGUUUGCUCUUCUGAUUUGGGGAAUGAUAUUAUUUGCUGCAGCAUUGUCCAUCGUGAUUUUCCGCACUUCUGAUAUUGUCACCAUCUCGAUUGUGUCUCCUAUUUGGGCCGUUAUAAUUGUUCUGGCAACGUGGCCUGCACUGGCUGCCAAUGAUAUUCACAUUUCUCACCUGAGUACCUGGGUCACAGAACAGGUGUCGCGUUCUAGAUCCUCGCGGGUCGCCACCAGGUCUCAUGCCUGAUCUGAUGUAGCUUGUCGUGAUUGCAAGGGAUUUGUGUAACUUGUAUAGUUGUAUCUGGUGUUUUGGUUGUUUUAUAUGAUACCUAUUUCCUCCUGGAUAUUCAUACGCAGGAC